AUGCAUAGAUUACGUCAGUUGAUUUUGCUAUGCUAUGUUUGCUUCAUAGUUUUUAUUAUUAUUGAUAUGGGUAAUGCGGAUGUGACGUCACGUACAAGACAAAAAAGAUACCUCAUUUUUAGAAACACCUCAAAGUUUUUUUGGAGAUUAAACUUCAAGGCCAACAUGGUACCAUGGAACCAGAUCUUCGCUCAAGCUCUAGGAUUCCGUAUGAAUUGGGAUGAACCUCCAGAAACAUUUCGGCCUUACCAUAGACUUCACAGGAGGACUGUGUACAGUAACUUAGAGCUAUUAUUAGACAAGAACGGUUUGAAUGGAUAUCACUGCGUACGUCGAGCUAUUUGCGAAAUGGUGCCAGUGACAACGCCGAAAGGGAUAUAUUUCAAAAUUUUAAAAAUAGUAUUCAGAAGACAGUCUUCAGAUACUGAGAGAUGGCACAAAAAUAUAACCGAAGAGGAUUGUGCAACAUCCAUCAACUCUUGUCCAUUCUCUUUUCUAGAAGUUUCCACCUACACCGACAUCUGA